AUGAAACAUAGAGCAGCUCGUCGACGAACAACGACACAUCCACAAGUACGUGAUACAUCGAACACUAUGACGAGUAAAUCAGUAUCUCAACAUAAAAUCAAUCGACCAUAUCGACCCUCAUCAUUACAAGAGCAAAUAACGGAAAAACAACAGAAACGAUUUGAUACGGUGAAUCAAAUACUAGAAAGAGUAUCAAAUAAGCCGGUGAAUAGUCUAAUGAAUCAAAAUAACAGUUACAGUCCGAAUGAAAGUGGAAAUGAUGAUGGAUCUGAAGUAUCCAUUGUUGGAUAUCUCAAAGCCAAACCAAUCAAAUUCCAGACACUUGAUGAUCUUCUUCAACAUUUCCCAUCCGUACGCAGCGCACUACUUAAAAAACGACCUAUUCCAUCUUCGUCCACAACACCUGAAACUAUUACAUCCCGUUUGUCAUCUCUCCAAAUAACUUCGUCGUCGACAGUCCCUUCGACCGCUUCGACUAAAUCAGCUUGGCGUACGCGUCGAACAUAUACUUUGGCUGAUGAUCAACUUCAUCUCGUUCAAUCUAUCUUAAGUGGUGACGAAAAUGAGCUUUUCGGAACGAUUGGUGAUCAGCCUAUAACUCGUAAAGACAUUCGUACACUUCGCGGUCUUACUUGGCUCAACGAUGAAGUUGUGAACUUUUAUUUGGCACUAGUCGCCCGUGAAAGCGGUACACAAGGCAAUUUACGUGUAUAUGCAUUCAGCACAUUUUUCUACUCGAAACUAUCGAAAGAUGGCCCAACACAUACUAGUUGGGAUCGAUGGAUGCGACGUGGAAAUGUCACCUUCUUUGAUUAUGAUCUUAUUCUUAUCCCUAUUCAUCAAGGAAACCAUUGGACGCUAACUACGAUCGAUUUUCGUUCUCGUUGUAUUGGAUAUUAUGAUUCAUUAGGUGGAACAGAUGACAUGUGUGUCGGUCGUGUUUAUGCCUUUGUUGAACAUAUGUACGCAACAAAACGACAGAUUAGUCCUAUGCCCGAUGGUUGGCGUGUUCAACCAAUGAAUAUGAUACCUGAACAAGCAAACGGUAGCGACUGUGGCGUGUUCGCUUGUCAGUUCGGAAAAUAUCUCGCCAGAGAAUGGCCAUUAGACUUUACUCAAGCCCAAAUGCCACAAUUUCGUUUGCAAAUGAUCUUCGAAAUCUACACGAAGGAACUUAUUGUUUAA